AUUUCACAAUCAAAACAAAAAUUACACGUGGUGGUGUUGGCUAGGCCUAGGUAGUGUGAUUUAAAAAAAAACCUAAAAUGCCGACUCCUUGUGGCUUAUGUGAAAAGUCUGCGAUUCUGAAACGACCAAAAACGGGAGAUGCACUUUGCAAAGACUGUUUCUACUAUGCAUUUGAAACAGAAAUUCAUCAAACAAUAAUUGAUGCCAAGUUAUUCAACCGUGGAGAAACUGUAGCAGUCGGAGCUUCUGGUGGUAAAGAUUCUACAGUGUUAGCACAUGUACUAAAAGUGUUGAAUGAACGUUAUGACUAUGGAUUGAAUCUUAUUCUGCUGUCCGUGGAUGAAGGCAUCAGUGGCUAUAGGGAUGAUUCUCUUGAGACAGUAAAGCGUAAUCAGCAACAGUAUGAUUUACCUUUGAAGAUAGUUUCCUAUGAGGAACUGUAUGGAUGGACAAUGGAUAAGAUUGUUGAAAAGAUUGGAUUGAAGAAUAAUUGUACAUUUUGUGGUGUGUUUAGAAGACAAGCCCUUGAUAGGGGUGCAAUACUUGUGAAGGCUGACAAAAUUGUGACAGGUCACAAUGCAGAUGAUAUAGCAGAAACAGUAUUAAUGAAUGUUCUACGUGGGGAUAUUGCCAGACUUAGACGUUGUACAGCAAUAACAACAGGCACAGAAGGGUUUUUACCCAGAUGCAAACCUUUUAAAUAUACAUAUGAGAAAGAGAUUGUUAUGUAUGCAUACUUUAAAAAACUUGAUUACUUUUCAACUGAAUGUAUUUAUUCUCCAAAUGCUUACCGUGGCCAUGCUCGAACAUUUUUAAAAGAUUUGGAAAAAAUUCGACCAAGUUCAAUCAUAGACAUCAUUCAUUCUGGUGAGAGUUUAUCAAUUAAGAAAGAUGUAAAGAUGCCAACUCAAGGAACUUGUAACCAGUGCGGAUAUAUCUCCAGUCAUACAGUCUGCAAGGCCUGCGUGUUGUUAGAAGGCCUCAACAAAGGACUACCAAAACUUGCUAUAGGAAAGUCACACAAGGCCAGUAAAAAGCUUGGCCUGGGAUUAUUACCAGUCCAAAUAUGAAGACAAAGAGCAUGAAGAAAAACAGCAUCAAGAAAAUCAGCAUGAAGAAAUACAGCAUCAGGAAAAGGACCAUCAGGAAAGCAACACCAGGAAAAGGAGCAUCAGGAAAGCAACACCAGGAAAAGGAGCAUCAGGAAAAACAACAUCAGGAAAAGGAGCAUCAGGAAAAACAACAUCAGGAAAAACAACAUCAAGAAAAACAGCAUUAAGAAACACAGCAUCAAGAAAAACAGCAUCAAGAAACACAGCAUCAAGAAACACAACAUCAAGAAA